AUGGAGGAGGAUACGGUAGAACACCAGCUUCUUCUGAACGCUAAAGAAGGCAAUGUAAACAAGAUCCAGACCCUACUUCAGUCGAGGAUUAGCCAUAACAUUUCUCUCGAUAUCGCCUGUCGCUUCAGGUGGAAACCAUAUCCUGGAUGGACCCCUUUGCACAUGGCUUGUUUUCACGGACAUAAGGAUGUUGUGGAGGAGCUUCUGAAGGCAGGGGCUGAUGUGAAUUUACAAGAUGACGCAGGUGACACAGCACUGCACAAAGCUGCUUCCACUGGAGGAAAGGAGAUUGUCUUGCUUCUGCUUCGCUAUGAUGCAUGUGUCGACAUUAUCAAUGGAACAGCACAAGUCCCCAAAGAUGUUACUGAGGAUGAUGAAAUUGUUACAAUGUUGGAGGCUGCAGAGAGACGGGAGGCAAGACGACAGGAGAAGAGGCUUCUGCAAGCAGCUCGAGAAGGGGACGCUCCCACUUUGUCAAAGCUGCUGACUGAAAACAAUCCCCCAAAUAUUCACUGCCGAGACUCAUUGGGGAAUACGCCUUUACAUUGUGCCGCCUAUAGAGGGCAGAAGCAGUGCAUAAUAAAAUUGCUUAAGUUUGGAGCCAAGCCCACCAUCGGAAACAGCAAUGGGCAGACGGCACUGGACGUGGCUCGCACCUCUGAAAUUAGGCAGACAUUAUCAUCCUGUCAGCAGAAGGAAGUGAACAAUGUUGUGGCGAAGAUUGAAGGCCCUCUUUGGAAGAGCUCUAGAUUUCUUGGAUGGAGAUUGCAUUGGGUGGUAAUUAAGGAGGGUAAUUUAUCCUGGUACCACACACACGCAGAUGCUGCAGCAGGUGUGAGAAAACAGGGCAGCGUGUCUCUAUCACAAGCCUACUGUAUGGUUAAACCUUGGGACCAUUGCUUCUUCAUGCUCAAGUGUGUGGAUAGAACAGUUUUAAAUUUGAAGGUCUCAUCAACACUACAUUCAAUCACUAAAAGAAAAAAAUGGUUAGAGGCAAUAGAUGCACAUGCAGCCUACUGUCCUUGGCACAACAUUAAAGAUCAUGUGACUGAUGAAGAGGAGGAGCCCACUGACACAGCUGUGGAAGACUUCACUCAAGCUCUUCAGACUGCCAGUACUUGCCAAAAGAAACUUGAGAAAGAAGUGUCAAUAUUUUUGUCAUUAGUGAGAAACCUGCAAAAUGAUGUAAUUGAUCCAUCAAUUUCUCUAAAAGCUAAAGAAGCCAGUGAGCUUUCAGCUGAAACCUCUGCUGCUCUUCAUCUGUGUCUGGAACUGCUGUCCAAACAAGAGGAGGCACAGGAUCGCAGAACACAGGCGACGCCAGGACAGGUGUGGAGUCUGAGGUUGGAGCAGGAGGAGCAGAAGAACAACGCUUUGACUGAGUCGCUGCAGUUGUUGGCCUCUAAGAACGAAGAGCUAAAGCUGUGUGUGCGCAGGAACCGCAAGUGGACGACCAGUACCUUCACUGAGGAUGACUUCUACGACGCUCUGUCAGAGUCGGGCUCAGAGCUGUCGGUGAGCGGUUUCCUGUCCGUGGCCAGUUGCUCCUUUGAAGAGGACGAGUGGGGAGACGCGCCCCUUCCAAGCAGCAGCAGAAGCAGCAGCAGAAGCAGCAGCCUCAGCCGUCCCGGCGCACUCACGGGGCCUACCGGAAUGUCAGGGGAGGGUAACCAUGGCAACCCAGCAGCCCAACACAAUGGAAUCGUGCAAAGCAGAACAAGUUUACCAGCUCCUAUGUUCUCCAGAAAUGACGUCAGCAUCUGGAGUAUCUUGAAGAAAUGCAUUGGCAUGGAGUUGUCUAAAAUCGCCAUGCCUGUGAUUUUCAACGAGCCCCUGAGCUUCCUGCAGCGGCUCACAGAGUACAUGGAGCACACCUACCUCAUCCAUCGGGCCAACACCACCACUGACUCUGUGGAGAGGAUGAAGUGUGUGGCAGCUUUUGCGGUGUCAGCCGUGGCCUCGCAGUGGGAGAGGACCGGGAAGCCCUUCAAUCCGCUCCUCGGAGAAACCUACGAGCUCGUCAGAGAGGAUCUAGGAUUCCGGUGGAUGUCCGAGCAGGUGAGCCACCACCCUCCUGUCAGUGCCUUUCACGCUGAGGGGCUCAAGGAGGAUUUUGUCUUCCACGGCUCCAUCUAUCCCAAACUCAAGUUCUGGGGAAAGAGCAUCGAAGCCGAGCCAAAAGGACUCAUCACACUGGAGCUGCCCAAAUAUAACGAAGCGUACACAUGGACCAACCCCACCUGCUGCGUGCACAACAUCAUCGUGGGACAGCUUUGGAUCGAGCAGUACGGCAGCGUGGAGGUCAUCAAUCACAAGACCGGCGAAAGGUGUAGCAUGACGUUCAGACCCUGUGGCCUCUUCGGGAAAGAACUGCAUAAAGUGGAAGGCUACAUCUUAGAUAAAAGCAAAAAGAAGCUCUGCGCCAUCUACGGCAAAUGGACUGAGUGUCUGUACACGGUCGACCCUGCUGCGUUUGAGGCCCACAAAAAGAGUGACAAAAAGAAUUCUGAUGACAAAAAGGGAAGCAAACAGAACUGUGUGGACGAGGAGCCGGAGGAAGUACUUCCUCCUGAGGCAGAGACCGUGCAGGUCAUCCCCGGCAGCGAGCUCAUUUGGAAAAUAACACCUCGCCCUGAGAACUCCUCAAAGUACUAUGCCUUCUCCACGUUCGCCAUGCUGCUGAACGAGCUGGAGAAAAGCAUGGAGGGGGUCAUACCCCCCACAGACAGCCGGUUCAGGCCGGACAUCAGAGCCAUGGAGAACGGGGACAUAGAUCUGGCAAGUGCAGAGAAGAAGCGAGUUGAAGAAAAACAGAGAAUGGCUCGUAAAAAUCGAUCCAAGUCAUCAGAGGAAUGGAAAAACAGGUGGUUCCAGCAGGGAUCCAACCCUCACAACAAAGCUCAGGACUGGCUCUACUUGAAAGGCUACUGGGACCGCAACUACACGCAGCUCCCAGACAUCUACUAA